AUUGACCUAUUACUAAAAAAUCAUGUUACAUUUAAUUUAUAAUCUUAUCAUAUUAUUGAUCUAAAUAACUCACUUUCUAGAUUAUAGGAACUAAAUAAUAUGUCUACUACAUUAUAGGAACUAAAUAAUUAUCAAUCUUUUUCAAGCUAAAAACGUGAUCUGAAAACAACCAAUUCAAUUAAAAAAAUAUACAAUAAAGUUAUUAUAUUUUAAAAAGUGAUAGACACAUCUCAUAUAUAUUAUACUGAUAUAUACCAAUAUAGAAUUAAAAAUAAAAUAUUUCUAUAAAAAUAAAUGAAAAUAAACACUCGCGCGGUUGCACGGAUCAAGAUCUAGUAAAAAUUAAAACUAGUAAAGUGUAGGGUCUUUCCAUUUUGUUUUGUUUGUUGUUGUAUCAAAAGAGAAAGCCUAUCUCUUAUAUAUUAAAACGUGUAAAACGUAUACCGUGUGGACGACAUUGACGCUAUUUGUUAAUGCACAAAGUUACAAAACCUAUCUCUUAUAUAUUAAUCGAAAAUUAUUAUAAUAUGUGAGAUGUACCAUGUGUAUGUGUGAUCAUUAAAAUAAUUUUUAAAAUCUUUGAAACAAUAAGUGGUUUCAUCUAAACAUAUACAAUAAUUUUCAUUAAACUAACCAUAAGAUUAAUUAGUAAUCUACAAAAAUAUUCUUCAAUUUUAUAAAUAAAAUAAGUGAAAUUACUUAGUGUUAUUAAAAAAUAUGUAAAAAUUAAUAAUUUUAAAUUAUAAAAAAUUUAUAAUAAUUUGUUUAUCUUCUUUCAUUUUUGUUUAAUUUAAAAUUGUUAUAACAAAUUGAAAAUUGCAUUAACUAUAAAAUAAAAAUUAGGUUGAAUUGUUUUAAACGACUAAAAUAUGUUUGUAAAAGUAUAAAUAGAAUAAAAGUUAUAAAAAAAACAAACACCAAGGAAAAAAAAAACCCAAGGAAUACAAUAUAAAUAUGCGUGUAGACGUCCAUAGUUCAUCACAGUUCUCAUAAAAUAACAUCAAACAAGUAAGAAAAGUGAGAGGAAAAGAGAUAUCGGCCAUGGCAACUACUCCACAAUGGAUCAUGAUUGGAGGAGAUGGUCCUGAGAGUUACAACCAACAUUCCUCGUAUCAGAGAGCUUUGUUGGAAACCUCAAAAGAAAAGAUGAACGAGGCUAUCUCAGCCAAACUCAGCCUCGACUUGAUUUCUGAUCGCUUCUGCGUUGCGGAUUUUGGUUGUGCGAGUGGACCUAACACUUUUGUGGCAGUCCAAAACAUAAUAGACGCAGUUGAAGACAAGUACCGCAAGGAAACCGGACAAAACCGGGCGGAGAACAUAGAGUUCCAAGUCCUCUUCAACGACUCUACCACCAAUGAUUUCAACACUCUCUUCCAGGCACUUCCACCGGGGAGACGCUACUACAGCGCUGGUGUUCCGGGCUCCUUCUUCGGCCGUGUUCUCCCUAAGCAUAGUUUCCACAUAGGAGUUAUCAGUUAUGCUUUCCAUUUCACCUCCAAAAUCCCCAAAGGGAUCACCGACCGCGACUCUCCUCUUUGGAACAGAGACGUGCAUUGCACUGGCUUUAAUGAAGCAGUCAAGAAAGCAUAUCUCGAUCAGUACUCGGCCGACACCAAGAAUCUAUUAGACGCUAGAGCUGAGGAGCUCUUCCAUGGGGGAUUAAUGUUGCUUUUGGGAUCAGGUCUAAGAAACGGGGUUAAGAUGUCCGAGACCGCUAAAGGAAUUAUGAUGGAUUUAAUUGGAGCUUCUCUUAACGAUCUUGCUCAACAGGGUGUCAUCGACCAAGACAAGGUUGACUCUUUUAGCACACCACUCUACAUUGCAGAAGAAGGCGAGUUAAGGCAAAUCAUAAAGGAGAAUGGGAAGUUCACAAUUGAGGCUUUUGAGGAUAUCAUUCAUCCAAACGGGGAGUUUCCGUUAGACCCUAAGAUCUUGGCGGUCUCCUUUAGAGCUUCCUAUGGAGCUUUUCUAUCGGCAUAUUUUGGAGUGGACACAACGAGGAAAGUCUUUGAACUAGUCGAGGUCAAGGCACGGAAGGAGUUUUCUAAAAUCCAGAAUGCCAAACCCGGAAUGCAGUACCUCAUCGUGCUUCGCAAGAACUGAUGAUCCAAAGUAUAUUAUUACUUUGAAUAAUAUUUCAAUAUUAAUUUUUGUUGUCAUUAUUGCAGUUCUCCUUCUUUCAUCUCAUGGUGUGUUGUCUCUUGUCCUUUUUUUUUUAAUAUCCAAAAUUGUUUCUUGUUUUUCUCUUUUAUCGUUGUCUUGUUGCGUUUGUAUUCUCCAUAUCCUACAACUUAACAAAUACAUGGUUGAUGUUUGAA